GUCGUUGCUCCUACUGUCCAGCAAAUACAAAAUGACGUCUUAACCGAGUAUGCUAUCAAGUAUUGGGCACCGCAUAGCUCUGAAAAAGCUCCCUAUGACCCUGAGAUUAUUGAGAAAAUUUAUAAAGAGGAAAUGCUCGGUAGCAAGUUUUCCAUUAGACGCAUGGUGUUGCUAGAAUUUAGUCAGUACCUGGAAAAUUACUUGUGGCCACACUAUGAUCCACAAAAGGCUUCGAUAUCCCAUAUCAUAUCCAUUACUGUAAUGAUAAAUGAGAAAUUUCGUGAGAGAGUGCAAUUGUGGGAGUUUUUGAGAAAUCGACCCGAAAAUUUUCAAGCGCUGUUUCGUCAAAUCAUGAAUCUAACUACAGAUGAUUGGGAGAAAAUUACAAUCAAAGAACAGACUGUGCUACUUUUAUUCUUGAUUCACUGCUUCAACAGUAUGGAAAGCGAUAUCAUACGUCGAGAAAUUCAAGGACUGGUAUCUAUUGCCAUUUGGACAUGUUUACUACCUGGUCGAGUGGAACAGGAAGUACAGCAUAACCCAAAGUAUAAGAAACGUCUAAAGUCCAUUCAAAAAACUUAUUCCAAAGCGGAUGAGGAAACUCAACUGGUGUACGAGAGACAAUUUUUGUGGAAGUCUAUGCACAAGUUUCUCGAUAUUUUAGCUAAAAUUCCUGAAACAGGCCCGAUAUCAGCAGAUUUAGUUCAAUAUUGUGAAAGAUACUUAGAGUUCAUCAUCGAUAUCGAGACCGCGCUGCCAACUCGACGUUUCUUUAAUACUCUAUUGGAUAGCUGUGGUUUCGUGGUUAACUGUCAGCUAUCAACACUGAUUCAAAGAGAAGAAGGAAGACUUUUUGCACAGUUACUAGAAAUAUUGAAGUUUUAUGCUGCUUUUGAAAUCAACGAUCACGCCGGAACGGCAUUGUCUUAUCAUGAUAUUACCGAUGCCCAUUAUGAUAAGAUUACAGCACUUCAGAGAAUGGUAUUUAAACAUUUUCCUGAAUUGCGCGACCUCGCUUUAAAUAACGUUGCAAGUAUUGAUACAAGAGAUUCCAUAAUGAAAUAUUUAAGUGAAUUACCGAGGGAGAAUAUUCAUCAACUCGCUUCUUGCCUAAAUUUGGUACCCAAACCUGAAAAAGAUGAUGAACAAUAUAGUAAAAAGUAUUUAAUAGAACUUUUGAUAUAUAAAUACGAGAGAAGGCUGUCUCAACUGGACGCCAUCAACGAUAUGCCCCUGUACCCCACUGAGGAAAUCCUAUGGGAUGAAAAUAUUGUGCCAUCUGAGUAUUAUUCCGGAGCGGACUGUUUAGCCUUGCCAAAACUAAAUUUGCAAUUCCUGACUUUGCACGAUUAUCUACUAAGAAAUUUCAAUUUAUUCCGCCUUGAAUCUACAUAUGAAAUUCGUGGAGACAUUGAAGACGCUGUUUCAAGAAUGAAACCGUGGUUAACUGAGGAUAAUAUGACUCAAUUUAGUGGAUGGGCUAGGAUGGCUCAGCCAAUCGUUGCUUUUACUAUUAUCGAGGUAAUCAAGCCAAACAUUGGAGAGAGUCGACCAGCUCGUGUUCGUGCUGAUGUAUCUGUCAACCUUAACGUAAGGAAGGAAUUUAAACGAGAGUGGGAAGGCUUAAAAAAGCAUGAUGUAAUGUUCUUAGUUACGAUCCGAGCUACGAUAGGACCAGGUCAAAAAUUCGACAAAAUGAAACCAUUUAAAACGCAGUAUGGUAUCGAAUAUGUAAGAGGAUGCGAAAUUGAAGGAAUGCUGGAUGAACAAGGAAAAGUUAUUGAAGAAGGCGGAUUUGAACCGAAACCAGAAUUUAAAUCUGAUGGUAGAACUUUCCGAGUUUGGCUGGAUACUAAUCAAUAUCAACAAGAUAUUGCAAAUACUGUGCAUGGAGCUGAAGACGUCUAUGAAACUUUUAAUUUGCUCGUUAGGAGAAAGCCUAAAGAGAAUAACUUCAAAGCCGUCCUAGACACUAUUCGUGACUUAAUGAACACCUCUUGCGUUGUACCGGAUUGGCUUCAUGACGUUUUCUUAGGCUAUGGCAAUCCUGCUGCUGCGAAUUAUGCAAGUAUGCCAAAUCAGGUUGCCACGCUAGACUUCAACGAUACCUUCUUAACAUCGGAUCAUCUUUGUAAUUCCUUUCCAAAUUAUAAAAUCCGGUGGUCAACCGAGGAUUGCGCUAAGCGUGUUCCCCCAUUCAGCCAAGGCAAAAAACGUAAAGCUGAUACCGAAGAUACUAACGACAGCAAUGAAAUUUCAGUAGAACCUUACGUAAUCGAAAAUCGUGGACCGUAUCCUUCAAGCCAGCCUAAAAGAAAUUGUGUUCCAUUUACGCCUGUACAAGUUGAAGCUAUUCGUUCUGGAAUGCAGCCUGGACUAACUCUGGUCGUUGGUCCUCCUGGUACGGGUAAAACUGACGUAGCUGUGCAGAUUAUAUCAAAUUUAUAUCAUAAUUUCCAAGAUCAACGUACUCUAAUUGUUACGCAUUCAAAUCAGGCUCUAAAUCAAUUAUUCGAGAAGAUAAUAGCAUUAGAUAUAGACGAACGUCACCUACUGCGUUUGGGUCAUGGGGAAGAAUCUUUAGAAACGGAAAGAGAUUUUAGCAGAUAUGGAAGAGUCAAUUACAUAUUGGAACGUCGUCUGCAGCUGCUUCAUGAAGUAGCAAAACUGCAGGAAAGUAUUGGUAUUCACGGUGAUGUCUCGUAUAGUUGCGAGACAGCUGGGCAUUUCUUUCAUUAUCAAGUUCUUUCACGAUGGGAAGAGUAUGUAAAUAGAAUUGGAUCUGUUAAGGUUAGUAUCGCCAUAUGUGAUUUUCUACUCGCUGAUUUCUUUCCAUUCACAAAGUUUUUUGAAGAUGCUGAGCAACCCCUCUUCGCAGGAAAGUCCUAUUCUGAAGAUUUGGACGUCGCGGAAGGAUGCUUUCGUCAUAUCAAGAAGAUCUUUACUGAACUUGAGGAAUUUAGAGCUUUCGAGCUGCUAAGAAAUGGCGUAGAUCGUUCGAAUUACUUAUUAAUUAAAGAAGCACGAAUUGUUGCCAUGACAUGUACUCAUGCAGCGUUAAAACGCCACGAUCUAGUUAAACUAGGUUUCAAAUACGAUAACGUCUUGAUGGAAGAAGCUGGACAAAUAUUGGAAAUUGAAACAUUUAUUCCACUAAUGCUUCAGAAUCCAGAAGAUGGUCAGAGUAGGCUAAAAAGAGUUACAUUAAUUGGUGAUCACCAUCAGCUUCCCCCCGUAAUUAAGAAUAUGGCAUUCCAAAAAUUCUCCAAUAUGGAACAGCCACUAUUUACUCGUUUCGUAAAGUUAGGAGUCCCAACUGUUGACCUAGAUGCGCAAGGAAGAGCUCGUGCCAGCUUAUGCAAACUGUAUAGUUGGCGAUAUAAACGAUUAGAAAACUUAUCACAUACCGCAGCAUGGCCUGAGUUUCAAUUGAGCAAUCCUGGCUUUCAAUUUGACUAUCAGCUCAUAGAUGUUGGGGACUUCCAGGGCACCGGUGAAUCAGAACCCAAUCCUCAUUUUUUUCAAAAUCUAGCCGAAGCUGAAUAUGUUGUUGCUACAUAUAUGUACAUGAGGCUGAUUGGCUACCCUAAAGAAUCUAUUUCAAUUUUGACCACAUACAACGGUCAAAAACAUCUUAUACGUGAUGUAAUUAACAUGCGCUGUGCCAACAAUCCCUUGAUAGGAAAACCGCAUAAGGUUACAACUGUAGAUCGCUUUCAAGGUCAACAAAACGAUUAUAUCUUACUAUCUUUGGUUAGAACUAAGGCUGUAGGGCAUCUACGUGAUGUUCGUCGUUUAGUUGUGGCUAUGUCCCGAGCACGUUUGGGACUCUACGUGUUUGCUCGCGUAUCCUUAUUCCAAAAUUGUUAUGAGCUAUCGCCAGCAUUUAAUGUACUUAUGCAAAGGCCAACGAAGUUACACCUAUUACCUAAAGAGAACUGGCAUAACUUUACUAGAAAGGUGGAUAAGGAUUCUGACCAUGAAUCAGUUAUUAUCGAUGAUAUGACACAAAUGGCGCACUAUGUUUAUCAAAUUUACGAUGCUCAUACCGAUGUAAUAAAAGUAGGUUGA